UUCAACUCUGUGUGCGACGAGUUGUCUUUAGUUUCCACUACUCCGAGCUCCGAGUGCGUCCUGUUUUAGCUCUAGCUCCGCGUAAACGCAGCGCGUCCCUUCGCUCCGUCACGAUCGCAGUGCCCAGAAUAAUAUAAUAUUAAUAAUAAUAAUAUAUAUAUAUAAAUAUUCGGUUAAAAACAAGCGAGCAACUCGAGCAACUUGCUCUUGGUUCCACAUUUGUGCAUCGAACAGAUCCAAGAUCCCAGAUUCCAGUGGAGAGUUAUCAGCUCCAACGUGAUCACGCCGCUGUGCCAUCGACUUCAGCUUAAAAAGGGAUUAACCAAUAUACCCAAAUGACCAGGAUAUACACUGCCUGAAGAAACAACACCAAUAACACACUACUGAGCGAAGAAAGCAGCGCCCGAGUGAAGGAGAGACGAGGCAGAGGGAAGACAAACCAAAAAUCCACAUUUUUUUUGGUUUCCAGGGCGACAAUUUGGAAUUUCAAAUUCAACACACACAGAGAACCAGAUCAAAAUGGGACACCUGACGCGACGCAGCAGCCUGCUGGCCAUAGUACUGUGCCUGGUACUCAACACAAAGCACCUGUCCGUUCACGGCGACGCCUCCCACAUCGAGUCCGCCGCCUUGCCACUGGAACACAGGGCCGGCUAUGGCCCACCGGCGCCUAUCUACGGAGCGCCCCAGGGUCCACUGAGCACCGGAGCCACCAACGAGCUGUCCGAAGAGGCCUGGCCUCUGGCCAGCACCAAUGACAGUCCGCAAAUCAAGCACCUCCAGGUGCAGUGCGAAAAGACACACAUGCGGGUGAACAUCGAGUUCGACCGGCCCUUCUACGGCAUGAUCUUCUCCAAGGGCUUCUACAGCGAUCCCCAUUGCGUCCACUUGAAGCCCGGCACCGGCCACUUGAGCGCCACCUUUGAGAUCUUCCUGAAUAGCUGCGGCAUGACCAGCUCGGCUAACCACAAUGCGGCCGGUUACGGAGCGCCAACGCCGUCGGGCAGCUAUGUGGAGAACACGAUCAUCAUCCAGUACGAUCCCUAUGUCCAGGAGGUGUGGGAUCAGGCCCGCAAGCUGCGCUGCACCUGGUACGACUUUUACGAGAAGGCUGUGACCUUCAGGCCCUUCCAGGUGGACAUGCUGCAUGCCGUUACCGCCAAUUUCCUGGGCGACAACCUCCAGUGCUGGAUGCAAAUUCAGGUGGGCAAGGGCCCAUGGGCUUCCGAGGUUUCUGGUAUCGUGAAGAUUGGUCAGACGAUGACCAUGGUUUUGGCUAUUAAGGACGACGAGAACAAGUUCGAUAUGCUGGUGCGCAACUGUGUGGCUCAUGACGGCAAGCGGGCUCCCAUCCAGCUGGUAGACCAAAACGGCUGCGUCGUACGUCCCAAGAUCAUGAGCAAGUUCCAGAAGAUCAAGAACUUUGGCCCGUCCGCCUCCGUGGUCAGCUUUGCCUACUUCCAGGCCUUCAAGUUCCCCGACUCGAUGAACGUCCACUUCCAGUGCGUGAUCCAGGUCUGCCGCUACAACUGCCCCGAGCCCAAGUGCGGUCCUGGCCUGCCAGGCGGCGAGUAUGGUCUACCCCAGAUUGGAGCCAAUGGUCUUUCCGAGGAGUAUGGACCUCCGGAAGCUUACGAACGGAACGACUUUGCCCUGGGCGGUCCAGGAGUCUUGCCACCUGCUGCCUAUCCUGAUCCACGUCACCCGGCUUCGGAUGCCACGGGCGCUUACUCGGAGAACCAUGAUGAUGUGGUGCCCUCGCCACAGGCCCAGACCUCGGCGGCGGUUCCCACUGCGGACUCUGCCUCACCAUCUGGACCCGCCAGCUCUCAGUCGCCGCAGGGGGCGCAGCCAUCGGGCAGCAACGAGCUGGGUCUACCGCCACCACCACUGCCCGGACAGGGUGGUCAGUACAGCACGGUGAAGCGCAAGGAUGACCUGAGUGCCGGCGGUAACUUGGUCUCGCUGGGCGGACGCCCUAGGUCUGUGGAGGGACUGGACGAUCUGCGGGGCGUGCGAAGGCGCCGCGACACCAUCGACAUUGUGAUGAAGCCUCAGAGGAUCUACAAGCGCAAUGCGCAGGAGAUGACGGACGUGAACACCAGCCGGAUCAUCCAGGUGGUGGCGCCCGGCGAUGUGAACUUUGCGCUGAACAGCAAUGCCAGCAACGAGACGGUGGUGAUCCAGUCGGCCCGCACCGCAGAUGCGGAGACCAUCUGUAUGUCGGUGCCUAGCUUUGUCGGCGGUCUGGUGAUGCUCUUGCUCGUCCUGGCCGUGGCCUCUCUAGUCGCCGCCUUCCUGUUCGUCCGCGUGCGCCACUUUGACCGCAAGGGAGCGGGCAUGGCCUAUGUGAACUAAUCUGGAAUCGGGAUCAGGGAUCUGGGAAGCAUCAUCACCAUCAGCAUCAGCGACGACGAUCGGCGUGAACAGAAAACCAAAUCAGUUUUAUGUGCACUUCAGAAACUCAGCAAAAACCAACACACCUAGCACCCAUCAUGCAUCAGAAAUCCUCUCGGGAGUAUCAACGAACAGCACCCCUAUCAUCAUCUCUAACUUGACUAUUUAUUCUUCGGUUAUUUAUUUUCCCCCCUCUACCCCGAAAUGGUUUCCUCCUUUCCCAACUAAAUGCCUCCCCCUAGUUUUAGGACGAAGCGAAAAUUGAAUUGUCAGACUUGUUAAGUUUCAGUUAUAACUACAAUGCUAUCUGAUAUCGGACAGAUAUGUUACAUAUGCAAGUUAAUAAUAUCGAAGUAAAGGAUGGAGCGGCAAACAUGGAAAAGCAGAAAAUCGUUUACAAUAAGUUAAUAUAGCAAAUGUAUAUAUUAAAUUAUUUAUUUAUUACUUUAUUUGAUAGCUGCGAAAUAAUAAAAAGUUUAC